UGUUGUUUACCGAUCAACUAAACAGCAAAUAGGCAUCUAUGUAUCCAUCUCAACUCUUAAACUGAUGAACAUCGUUUUAUAUAGCGCGCAAUGGAUAUUGGCAGAUCUUUACAGCAGUUCGAGGCAAGUUUGAGUAACUACACUGGAGAUGACCCCCUUGAUCAAUGGGACAGGUAUGUUGGGCUUCUGGAGAAGAAACUGCCCACUGAAGAGAGGAAUAGCAUGUCUAUUGUGUUGGAGCGUUUGGUUGAGACAUUUCUCAGAGACAAGCGAUACUACGAUGACGACAGAUACAUCAACUACUGCAUCAAAUGUGCAAGUUAUUACAGUGAGCCAAUCAAUCUGUACAGCUACAUAUAUGGAGAAGGCAUUGGCACCAGAGCCGCUGCCCUCUACAUUGCCUGGGCAGAGCAGUUUGAGAGACAGGGCCUGUUGCCACAGGCCGACACUGUUUACCAGAGGGCCAUGGAGAACCAGGCUGAGCCCGGUGAAUUAGUCCUGCAGCAGUACCGGUUGUUCCAAGCCAGGACGUCUCAGGGUCAGACUGUAGUAGCAGGUGCUCUGCGAAACCCUCUUCAGAAUUCACAGUUAAUUAAUCAGAAGGAACGUCCAAGAGAGGCUUUUCUUCCGCCAUGCAAGGAACCAGAGGGCCAGGAACAAUUUCCUCUUGACAAAUCAAUGCCAUCAAUCUCUCGGUCAGAACAUGUGCCGCUCAGUCAGCCCAAACAAAGCCUGCAGUUGGUGUCCAUGUACUGUGUGAACGACCUGGUGUGCGAGGGUUCUGAGCUCAGCUUCGAGGAGCUCAGAGCACAUCGCUACUUUGAGAAAUCCAAGCAAAAGGAAGACCUGAGGGAUUGGGAGAAGCAGCGGAGGCGCAUGCUGGAGGAGGAGGAGGAGGUGAAAAGGUUGAAGAAGAGGCUGGCGGAGCUGGAGAGCCACCUUAGCACUCGCAAAACGUCAGAAGGAAACCCGAUCAGAGAACCGCCGGAGCAGCCCUUUGUGUUGGGAGAUUGUUCCUCUGCGAAGCCUAUAGCAGAACUGAAGCCAGACUUCCUCCAGCAGUCGCUCCAUCAGCCCACGGUCUCUGAGACGAGCCUGAAUUUCGUCCAGAGACCAGCCUUGGACCCCAGCACCGGUGUGCUGCCUUGGACUGAGCAGGACAUGACUGUGGCGCCACAUGGAGCGUCAGGAUUGGCUACCACUUCAGCACGCGACUCCUUCCGGCCACCACCCUCCGACACACAGAGAUCCGAGAGGGCCCAGCUUUCCUUCCCAUGGUUGGGCUCCGAGGAUGUGAAUGAGCCCGCCCUGUGGGAGGAUGGCCCCGCCCCCAGCCACUUUACCUCCCACCAGUCACAAAUAGAAAACCCAGCAGAUGUCAUGGAAGCUCCACCCCUCUGCCCGCCCUCACCCCCAGUAGCAGCUGUGGAGGCCUCUGUGUCCGCUCCCCUGUCAGACAGGACCACGGACCCAGCCGCCUGCUCCUUCUCCGCUUCGCAGCAUAUGCCAAGCGAGCGAGUCGCUGCCUGCGACGCUCAGGGUCUGGGCAGCCGCUCGUAUCUGAACAGCUCUGUGAACCCCUUCACCCACAGCUUUCACCAGCGCAGCCUCCGUGAACACGAUGUUCCUGACUUUGGGGCUCCAGAGGCAGAGGGAACACAGAACAUUUCACAUGGAGGGACAGCAAAUCUAUCUCACGUUACCCCAAACACAUCCCUGGGACUGGUCCAAGCCACACCCUCCAGGGUGCAGCCAUCCCCCACUGUCAACACCCGGGAAGCACUGGAUGUGAUCAUGGACAUGUUCCAGGCCCCGACCCUCUUCCAGGAAGACCCAUUCAGUGGCAUGUCUCAGCGUGAGGCAGGCAACAGCUUUGAAGCUGCCUGCAGAAAUACUGGCAAUGCUUCCACAUUGGGAAAACGACCUGCUGUCACCCCUUUUGCUAUAUUCCAGGAUGAAAAUGACAAAGAAAAUGGAGGUGUGGCCGUGGCAGUUGACAAGGCUCAGCCAAGGGUCCUGGCAGACAUCCCUGUGUCUAAGCCGGUCAAACAAACUGAAGCCUCAUCUGGUGUAGAGUCCAUGACGGAUGAUAGCAUGAUGUGGGGGGCACGGUACAACAACACCCUGGCACCCUGUCCCAACAGCACCGGGGACUUUGCCCUGGCUGCCCAUCUGGUGUCGACCCCUUUCCACCGAAACGCGCUGCACUCAUGGGACUUGGAGCAGGACCAAGAAAACGGUCACCAAGCAACUGUGUUGUGUGGCCCUGAAGACAAACCCUUCCAGCGUCAGCCCACAAAACUCAGUCCCAUUCUGGAGCAGAGCCCAAGUGCAGAGAAAGGUCAGCCGUCUGAAAUUGCAGACUGCACUGUGAGGGCCCGGCGGCGCAGUGACCAGGGCACCUUAGUGGCUGGUGAUCUGGGACCUUUCCAAAGCGGCUUGGCCUCCUGCUCUCUCACUACCCGGCAACAGACGACCGCUGUGCUGUCCUUCCCAGAGCAGACGCUGGUACCGGAAGGAGAAGCCCCAAAGAGCCCUGCUCAUGAACCAUGGCCUCCUUACAGGGAUGUGAGCAUGAGCCCAGAACAGGCGCCCAAACCAGAUUUAGGCCCCAAGAGUGGCUGGAGUGUCUACACGAGCCCACAGCAGUCUUCUGAGCUCAACUGGUUCCUCCCCAAGAGCCCGGAACGCACAACCGGAUCACACUGGGAUGAUCCAAUGAGCCCAGCUCAAGCACCUGUACAUAGCCAGGAUGUCCCAAUGAGUCCCAGACCAUCUGCAAAUACAGACACAGGGCCUGUUUCUGAUCCCUGGGAUGAAGACCUGAUCACCAGCCUGCUCUCCAAACUGCCAACUCCACUGACCUCCUACCCUAACUUUGUCACCUGGGACCGCAAGGUCCCCAACAUAGCGCCUAAGAUGACCAUACCAGUGGGUGAAGAAUCUCUCCACGUGGAUUCCAUGCUUGGACAGGGAGCAUUCGCGACGGUCUACCAAGCCACAAACCUCGCAACCUCCCAAAAGCUUGUCCUGAAGGUGCAGAAGCCAGCAAACCCUUGGGAGUUUUACAUCAACACUCAGCUGAACCAGCGGCUGCAGCUGAGCGUGCGCCACCUCUUCAACAACAUCUACGCCGCCCACCUCUUCCAGAACGGCAGCGUGCUACUGGGCGAGCUGCACAGCUGUGGAACCCUGCUGAACGCAGUGAACCUGUACAGGGGCUUGAGUGACAAGGUGAUGCCCCAGCCACUGGUCCUCUAUUUCACUGUCUGCAUCUUGCACAUGGUCGAACAGCUCCACAAUGCCCAAAUAAUCCAUGCUGAUAUCAAGCCUGACAAUUUCAUGCUGGGAGAGAGAUUCCUUGAAAAUGACAGUUUUGAUCUAGACAGCCUUGAGCAUGGAUUAGCAUUGAUUGACCUGGGACAGAGCAUUGACAUGACGCUUUUCCCAGAAGGCACGGCUUUCACAGCCAAGUGCAUGACCUCAGGCUUCCAGUGCACUGAGAUGCUGAGCGGAAGGCCAUGGAAUUACCAGACCGACUACUUUGGAAUCGCAGGAACAGUUUACUGCAUGAUUUUUGGAACGUACAUGAAAGUGAAAAACGAAGAUGGUGUUUGGAAGACAAGUGGCAUUUUCAAAAGGAACCCCCACAGCGAGCUGUGGACGGAGUUUUUCCACACGCUGCUGAAUGUGCCCGACUGCAACUCCCUGCCUUCUCUGCGCAGCUUGCGCAGCCAGCUGGUCACGGUGCUGCAGCAGAACUACAGCAGCAAGCUGCGCACCCUCAAGAACCGGCUGGUGGUGCAGCUCCUGGAGAGCAAGCGCUCCCGAAGAUGA